AUGGAGAUCGUGCACGCUGCCGUGGGCUUUGCGCGCUUCCCAGUAAGCUCUACACUCAUGCAAGUAAGCUCUCGGUUAUGUCUCGUCUGGGCUCUGUCCCGCCUCGCGCUAUCUGUACGGCUUCCCGCUUAUGGUAGGGCCUCGUGGAGUUGCCUCGCUACUCUUUCAUGCACUCAACCUGUAAGACGCCUUGCCCAACUUCCAUUUUUUCUGCGCUACCACAUUAUCAUGCUGUUUGAUCCCUCUGGUGUGCCUGGCGAAGUAAUUUGCAUGGUGAGCUCGCUCAGCUUUCUCUCCACGGGUGCGUAUGCCUUCCAGCUGCCCAACACACACAACAUCUCGAUCUCGCUCUACGUGGUGGUCAUCCUCGUGCUAGUGGUGUACAUCCCAGGCCUGCUCGUCAUGUAUAGCCACAUGCUCACGCAGCGUAACCGUGCGUACUCCAAGACACAGAUCAAGACUGCUUCGAGCAGGAUGCGACAAGAUAAGAAUGAAAACUGGCAAGAAGCGAUCGUGUGUUGA